AUGCUGUCAAUACGAUCAAUACUACUUGUCGGCUUGCCUCUCAUCACUCUGGGCAUUGCUCGGAACCAAGCUGAUGAGGCCGAUUUCGAAGCCGAUGCUGUCGCCAAGUGGGAAGAGAUCAUUCAACAACUACCCGGAGAGUCUCUGAAAGCGGCACUAGCAGGUCAUCUGAAGCCUAAAUAUCGCGAAGGCGUUUUCGAACACGGACGUGAUGCUAUCGAUGCUGUUCGCAGCGAUGAUCCGGAGUUGGCCUCCAAACUGGUCGAUCUUGCGAAGCAGGAUGCCAUCGUGAAGGACCAUCUCCGCAGGCGGCAGAAUGACAAUUCCACGGCCACUACGACGAGCCCCGUCAUUGUCACCGAUGCCUCGACCACAGCUGUCUCGUUCACGACUCAGACUACGGUGGUGACAACGACCGAGCAGCGUACCUCAGGUCAGUCUCCCUCUUCGUCUUCUGUCGACGCCUCGCCGGUCGAAAGCUCGUCUUCCGCUGCAGCGCCGACAAGUACUUCAGGUAAUACCUCUCCUUCCACAGUAGUCCAGUCAGCGUCGACUGUGACAGCCGAAGAGAUUACGAUUAUUGUCUCCACCCCGGUGACUGUACCAGCCAGUCCCACGCUCACGAGUAGCGACCGACCGACCUCGACUACUUCUUCCAAUGAUGAAGAUGCAAGCUCUACCUUACAAGCGCAAAGCUCACCAUCUUCUGUUCCAGCUACGACAAUACCCGUUGUCACGUCCGUCGUGGCCUCUUCUACAGUCUCAGCGGAUGAAUCCAUCACGGAACCGACUGUUACAGCAGCACCCUCAUCUGCUGAGAACACGCAAACGGGUGUUUUGAUACCCGUUGAAGUGACUACCACGAACAACAAUGGCGGCACUGUGGUCCAAACAACAGAGGCGUUCCAAAACGAAGCCCCAACUAGUGUGGCUGUGACCGUGACUACUACGAACGAGCAGGGACAGACAGUGACUACCUCUUCCAUGGCACCCGCCGCCGUCGUCACUAGUGUCAACGAACAGGGCAGCACCAUCACCACUGCCUCGCCUCUUCAAGCAGUGUCGGUCGCGUCCGGCGGUAGAGUCAUCAGCUCUGUUCCAUCAGCUGUCACUACGAACGACGGUGAUGGUAGCGAAGUCGUGCUGUCCAGUCCGACGCCAGGAGGUGUAUACACCACCAGUGACUCUGGAGGUCGUGUUGUCACCGUGACCUAUCAACCUGGCGGUGGAACUGUGAGCCGACUACGUCUCCAGACCACGACACUACCAAACGGUAUGCGUUCGACCAUCACCUCUUUUGCUGAGGUUGGCCAAGCCACUGGCGACUCUGCACCAGGAGCUACUGGCGGCGCGAAUCCGUCUCCAUCAGACCGACCAGGUCUUCAAUCUGGUGCUGCCAUCCCUUCGAGUUGGUAUGCUGCCGAAUUUGCUGUGAUGGUCGGAGCAGCUAUCGGUGUGGCGGCUCUUGUGCUGUAG